UUUUUUUUUUUUUUCUUCUUCUUCUUUUUCUCUUUAUUAUUUGACGAUGGUGAAUUGGACAAGGCUUACCACCAACGUCUAUGUGAUCUCUGCAUGGGCAUCUAUUGGUGGUAUUAUGUUUGGCUUUGAUAUUGGUUCCAAUAGUGGUACCAUUGGUUUAAAACAAUAUCAAGAUUAUUUUGGUCAUCCAAGUGCUCUUUUACAAGGUGGGAUCAAUGGUGCUCUUUCUGCUGGUUGUUUCGUUGGUGCCUUGAUUGCUGGUUAUCCUGCUGAUCGUUUUUCAAGAAAAUAUACCUUAAUUGUUGCUUCCUCUCUCUUUGUUCUUGGUUCUGUGUUACAGGCUGCUACCAAUGGUGUUCCUAUGCUUUGCGCUGGUCGUGCUAUCAAUGGUCUUUCAGUUGGUGUCACUUCUAUGGUGAUUCCUUUGUAUCAAUCUGAAGUUGCUCCUAAAGAAAUUCGUGGUCGAUUGGUCGCUAUUCAGCAAUGGUCUAUUACUUGGGGUAUUUUCCUUGCGUUUUGGAUUCAAACUGGUUGUGGUCAUAUCGAAUCUACUGCUGCUUUCCGUGUUUUCUGGGCCAUUCAAACAGUUCCUGCUCUUAUCCUGUGUGCUGGUAUGUGGGCUUUCCCUUUCUCUCCUCGUUGGUUAGCUGAUAAAGGACGAAUGGAUGAAGCUAUCAAGGUUCUUGCUGAUAUCCAUGGUAAUGGUGAUCCAAAUCAUCCUCGCGUUCUAUUGGAAAUUGAAGAAAUUAAUGCCGUUGUCAAAUUUGAUCGUGAACAAGCAUCUCAUCGUUAUACCGACUUAUUUAAACCUGGUAUUGCUUACCGUGUUUUCUUGGGUGUCUUUUUGCAAAUCUGGCAACAGUUGACUGGUAUGAAUAUCAUCAUGUUCUACGUUGUCUUCCUUUUCCAACAAGCUGGUAUUGGUAACGAUCAAAAUAGUACCUUGAUUGCUUCUGGUGUCAGUUAUGUGAUCAAUGUUGUCAUGACCGUCCCUGCCAUCUUGUUUGUCGAUAGAUGGGGUCGUCGUCCUACCAUGAUCUUUGGUGCUCUUGCCAUGUCUACAUUCCUUUGGCUCGUGGGAGGUCUUCUCAAGACUGGUGACUGGUAUGUUGAAACAAAUCCUGCUGCAGCUAACUAUGGCAAAUGGUCGGUGCAUUUACCCAAUGAUCAUACUACCAAUGCUGUUGUCGCUUUUGUCUAUCUUUUCACUGCAAGUUUCGCUGUAACGUGGGGUCCUUUGGGUUGGAUUUACCCUGCUGAAAUUUAUCCUCUUCGUGUACGUGCUAUGGCAGUUUCUCUCUCCACCGCUGCUAACUGGUUCUUCAAUUGGUUACUCAGUUUCGCUGUGCCCAUGAUGAUGGAAAGUCUGCAUUAUGGUCUUUAUAUGCUCUUUGCUGGUUUCAAUUUCCUUAUGGCUAUGCAUGUCUACCUCGCUUAUCCUGAAACUAAAGGAUUCACACUCGAAGAAAUGAACGUUGUAUUCGAAACCAACCCCCGUAAGAAAGUUGAUCGUGAAUAUAUUGCUCAACGUAUGAAGGAAACUCUUGGUACUGAAAUCGACAAGCUUCCUGCUGAAGGGGAAAAAUCCGAAACUGUCUAGUUGAUAUUGUAUCCAUUAAUAUGGUAUUGUAGCGUAUGAUUAUUAGUUAUUCUUUAUCCCUCUUUUUUUAUUAUUUUUAUUACUCUUAUUCUUUAUUUCUUAUUAGUUAGAGUGGAUUUUUUUUUUUCUUUAUCUCUUCUCUUCCUCUUUUUUUUUUAUUAUUAUUGGAUGACAUUGCCAAUGGGUGAUUGUUAAUAUUUUUUUUUUUAUGUUGUAAUUUAUCCUUGGUUCACUAAUAAACAAAUUCUUUCAUUUUGAUGAUCUGCUGACCUCUGCAA